AUGGAUAUCAUCGCUCAGUUCCAAGAUAAAGAAAUCGCCAAGGUUAUUGACCCCACCGUGGCUGCUUUCGCGCCGUUGUUGAAGAAGAAGAAAACGUUUAUUCAGGAAAUUCCUACGAAAUCGUUCAAGUAUGGAAACACCGAUAGGCACCAGCUAGACGUAUACUACCCUCUCGAGCAGGGCUCUCGCAAGAAAACGCCUAUACUGUUUUUCAUCUACGGAGGGGGUUUCAACACGGGCGAGCGCAGUAUCUCCCCAAAAACGUUCGGGCUCGUUUACGCGUGCGUCGGGGCAUUCUAUGCUCGACGCGGCUACAUCGUUGUCGUCCCGGACUACCGGCUCGUGCCACACAUCACGUAUCCCGCCCCCGCCGAGGAUGUGCGCGACGCUGUUCGUUGGGUGGUCGCACAUGCCGACGAAUGCUUAGUCUCGCCCGGCUCGCCAUCCCCUGAUCUCGAGAAGAUCGCGCUCAUGGGUCAUUCUGCGGGGGCGGCGCAUGUCGCGACCAUGGUGUGGGAUACGAAUGUCCUGGCGGAGGACGACGAGCUCAGAAAGAGAAUUGUGGCGACUAUCUUGGAGUCACCGCCAUAUGAUUUAUCGAUGAUGACCGUGGACUGGCCUACUGCUCCGAUCCACAUCCAUUAUUAUGGCGGGACUAUAGAACUCGUUCAUGCGAAUGCCCCGAUGCUCUUUUAUCGAAAGUUGUCGAAGAGCUUUGCGGAGACAUUGCCUAAAAUUUUGAUGGUGGAAGGGGAGAAUGAACCCGACUGGCUACUUGAUGCUGGCGUUUCUUUCCACAAGGAGGUCAAAGAUAAAACUGGCGAGGAUGUGAAGAAGAUUGUUGCCAAAGGACACAAUCAUAUCAGUCUAAACUGGGCGCUGAGCACUGGUGUAGGAGAAGAUUGGGCGGAGGAGUUGGUGGAAUGGUUGGACAAGCUUGUCGCGCAAUAG